AUGGCCAAAACAUACCGGUUUGUUAUUUGGCUUGCGAUAUUGUGCCAUGUCGCAGCCGCCCUUUCGAAACUACCGCCUCAAAGCGGACUAUCUAUACGUCAGGAAAACAACUCGACGAGCUUACAAGACCUUGUUUCAUGGGAUGAGUAUACUAUCAAAGCCCGCGGCGAGAGGAUAAUCUUUUUUUCGGGGGAGGUGCACCCGUUUCGUUUGCCAUCUCCUGGGCUCUGGCUGGAUGUCUUUCAAAAGAUUCGGGCUAUGGGAUUCACAGGCGUGUCAUUCUACGUUAUGUGGGGUCUCCUGGAGGGGGAACCCGGCCAGUUUCGGGCUGAUGGCGUUUUUGCUCUGGAAGAGUUCUUCAAGGCAGCAUCUGAAGCGGGCAUCUACCUGCUGGCGCGACCAGGCCCAUACAUCAACGCGGAAGUGUCGGGGGGCGGGUUUCCCGGUUGGCUUCAGCGCAGCCGCUCCCCAAUUCGAACGAGUGCUCCUGAAUUUAUCAACGCAACUCAAACAUAUCUGAACAGAAUCGGCAAGAUAAUUAGCGAAGCCCAAAUCACUAACGGCGGGCCUAUCAUUCUCGUUCAGCCUGAGAACGAGUAUUCAAUCUGUUCCGAUUAUAGCUCUCCAGCGACCAUGAUUGCAUGUUUGGACAAGGAGUAUAUGGCAAAUGUUCAGUCCCAACUUCGAGCGGCUGGUGUGGUAGUUCCGUUUCUUAACAAUGAUGGUAUACCAAUCGGCAACUUCGCACCGGGGACUGGCAUUGGCGAGGUUGACAUAUUCGGUGUAGAUGAUUACCCGUUUCAGUGGGGUUCUGGCUGUGUAAAUCCUUCAGACUGGGGUCGAGACGGGCGCAGCCACUCUCUUUUGCGCAUGAUCAACUUCACAAAGCACAUGGCGUGGGAUCCGAACGGCCCAUUCGCAGUGCCCGAGUUUCAAGCCGCAUCGGCCGAUCCAUGGGGAGGCGCUGGAGUGGACAGCUGCUCCGCGCUCAUCAACCAUGAAUUUUCAAGGGUAUUUAACAAGAUAAUGUUUGGGAUGCGAGUAAGCGUCUUAAAUCUUUACAUGAUGUUUGGGGGGACAAACUGGGGCAACCUCGGGCAUCAAGGGGGAUACACCUCUUACGAUGGCGGUAGUCCUAUUGACGAGAACCGACAGGUCAUUCGUGAGAAAUACAGUGAGUUAAAGCUUCAGGCCAACUUCCUCCGAUCAUCUCCCACCUGGUCCGUAGCCCAGCCAGCCAACGGUAGUUAUGGGGUAUACACCGACACGGACGCCCUGGUCGUCACGCCGCUUUUUGCGCAGCCUUCAGGAGCCUUUUACGUGGUAGGGCAUGCCGCAUAUGCCUCUCAAGAUGUAGUAAGCUACAGGCUAAGAGUUAGCACUCAAGAGGGCAACUUCACCCUUCCGCUGCUUGGUGGCAAUCUGACCUUGAACGGCCGCGAUUCCAAGAUUCACGUGGCAGACUAUCCCAUCGGCAGCACCAAACUGAUUUACUCUACGGCAGAGGUUUUCUCUUGGACACGCCUUACUUCCAAAACAGUAGUGAUUCUUUACGGGGGUUCCAAUGGAUUACAUGAGUUUGCAGUUCCAUCGUCCCAUGGUUGCCCCAAAAUUAUUGGUGGAGUCGGCAUAAGGUGCAAAAUUAUCAAUUCGCUUGCUGUUAUUCAGUGGGAAGUUCAAGAAGUCCGCAGAGUUGCCCACUUCGCUUCGGGCGUCGAAAUACACUUGCUGUGGAGAAACGAAGCAUACCAAUACUGGACCUUGGACCUUCCUCUCCCGGAACCAAUUGGUCGCUACCCCUCUGCCUCUCGGCUGAAUUCUACAAACGCAACUGUGAUUGUCAAAGCAGGGAAUCUCAUCCGGUCAGCUUCUAGCUCAGGAGAGGCUUUAUAUCUAUCAGGAGACGUCAACGCGACAACCGAAAUCGAGGUCAUUGCUGCUCCCUUCAACCCCACGCAAACUUUCUUCAAUGGCAAAGAGUUCAAAACUACUCAGCAAGCCAAUUGGACAGCCAAGGGAACAGUCGAAUACAACAAGCCGAGUUUUACGUUGCCAGAGCUUUCCUCUUUAGAGUGGCGAUAUAUCGACUCGCUGCCUGAGGUCCAGCCGAAUUAUGAUGACAGUCGUUGGGUCCCAUGUUCUAUCACCCACACGAACAACACACGGAAUCUCACUACACCAACAUCGCUUUAUUCGGGUGACUAUGGCUUUCAAGCUGGAUCUCUCCUUUACCGUGGAAAUUUCAAAGCGACAGGUGCUGAAACUGCCUUCUUCCUUUCAGCGCAAGGUGGUAAUGCCUUCGGUCACUCUGUAUGGCUUAACAACACCUACCUGGGAUCAUGGACAGGCAAUGCUUCCAACGCCUCAUAUGAACAGACCUUUAACUUCCCCUGGACCCUAAAGGAAGGGCAAGCUUAUGUUCUUACGGUUUUGAUUGACCAUAUGGGACUGCACGGAAACUGGGAAGCGGACGGCCAAGGAAUGAGAGAGCCACGAGGAAUACUCAACUAUGAUAUUUCAGGCUUUCCUGACAAAUCUGAAGUUACAUGGAAGAUCACGGGCAACUUCGGGGGCGAGCAAUACGUCGAUCACAGCAGAGGUCCUCUAAACGAAGGAUCCAUGUAUGCCGAGCGGAACGGUUUCCAUCUUCCUGGCGCCCCUACAUCUAAAUGGAUUAUUAAAAGCCCUUUUGAAGGCCUAAAUGAGUCGGGCAUCGGACUCUUCGCCACAAAUCUAAACCUCGACAUGCCGGAAGGAUACGACAUACCCCUUAGUUUAGUUGUGGACAAAGGGAUCAACACUAGUAGAGCCACUGCCACCAGUUUUCGACUUCAGCUUUUCGUCAACGGAUGGCAAAUCGGCAAGUAUGUGAAUAAUAUCGGACCACAGUAUCGCUUCGUGGUCCCUGAGGGUAUAAUGAAUUACAACGGCGACAAUUACAUAGCAUUGACUCUGUGGUCCUUGGAGAAAACGGGUGCUCGUCUUGAAUCUCUGGCUAUUGAAGCUGAUGCUGAGGUCCUGAAUGGAUACAAAAAGCCUGCUUUGGUUCGAGGCAAUGCUUACAAGGAGCGAGGUCUGGCCUAUUGA